UUUUUUCGAUGUGAAUUUGACACAACAUAGGAGAAAGCGCCCUUUAAUAUUUAUAAUUGAAAAGGGGGUUCCAUCAUAUUCAUAUAUAGUGAAGUGCUACCCCGGAUUGACAUAAACGAGAAUCGGUUCUUUCAAUACUCACACUUCUUAUUCAUUAAUAAUCCUAGUGAGUGGAUCUUUAUGUUUAUUCUGAUAGGAAAUGAAAUAUUCAAAUAAAUUCUUUUUUUUCAUCGAAUGACUAUUCAUCUAUUGUAUUUUUAUGCAAAUAGGGGGCAAGAAAACUCUAUGGAAAAGUGGUGGUUCAAUUCGAUGCUGUUUAAGAAGGAGUUAGAACACAGGUGUGGGCUGAGUAAAUCAACGGGUAGUCUUGGUCCUAUUGAAAAUACCAGCGAAAGUGAAGAUCCAGAUAGAAAUAAAAACAUUCAUAGUUGGAUUGAUAGUGACGGUUCUAGUUACAGUAAUAGUAAUGUUGAUCAUUUAUUCAGUGUCAAGGACAUUCGGAAUUUCAUUUCUGAUGACACUUUUUUAGUUAGGGAUAAUAAUGGGGACAGUUAUUCCAUAUAUUUUGAUAUUGAAAAUCAGAUUUUUGAGAUUGACAAUGAUCAUUCUUUUCUAAGUGAACUAGAAAGUUCUUUUUAUAGUUAUCGGAAUAAGGGAUCUAAGAGUAACGAUCCCUACUAUGAUCGUUACAUGUAUGAUACUCAAUAUAGUUGGAAUAAUCACAUUAAUAGUUGCAUUGACAGUUAUCUUCAUUCUCAAAUCUGUAUUGAUACUUACAUUUUAAGUGAUAGUGACAAUUACAGUGAUAGUGACAGUUACAUUUAUAGUUCCAUUUGUGGUGAAAGUAGAAAUAGUAGUAAAAGCGAUAGUUCCGGUAUAAAAACCAGCAUGAAUGGUAGUGAUUUAACUAUAAGAGAAAGUUCUAAUGAUCUCGAUGUAACUCAAAAAUACAAGCAUUUGUGGGUUCAAUGCGAAAAUUGUUAUGGAUUAAAUUAUAAGAAAUUUUUGAAGUCAAAAAUGAAUAUUUGUGAACAAUGUGGAUAUCAUUUGAAAAUGAGUAGUUCAGAUAGAAUCGAACUUUCGAUUGAUCCGGGCACUUGGGAUCCUCUGGAUGAAGACAUGGUCUCUCUGGAUCCCAUUGAAUUUCAUUCGGAUGAGGAGCCUUAUAAAGAUCGUAUCGAUUCUUAUCAAAUAAAAACAGGGUUAACUGAGGCUGUUCAAACAGGCAUCGGCCAACUAAACGGUAUUCCCAUAGCAAUUGGGGUUAUGGAUUUUCAGUUUAUGGGGGGUAGUAUGGGAUCCGUAGUUGGGGAGAAAAUUACCCGUUUGGUCGAGUAUGCUACCAAUAAAUUUCUACCUCUUAUUAUAGUAUGUGCUUCGGGAGGGGCACGCAUGCAAGAAGGAAGUUUGAGCUUGAUGCAAAUGGCUAAAAUUUCUUCUGCUUUAUAUGAUUAUCAAUCAAAUAAAAAGUUAUUUUAUGUAUCAAUCCUUACAUCGCCUACUACUGGUGGGGUGACAGCCAGUUUUGGUAUGUUGGGGGAUAUCAUUAUUGCCGAACCCAAUGCCUACAUUGCAUUUGCGGGUAAAAGAGUAAUUGAACAAACAUUGCAUAAAACAGUACCCGAAGGUUCACAAGCGGCCGAAUAUUUAUUCCAGAAGGGCUUAUUCGAUUUAAUCGUACCGCGUAAUCCUUUAAAGGGCGUUCUGAGUGAAUUAUUUCAGCUCCACGCUUUCUUUCCUUUAAAUCAAAAUUCAAGCAAGUAGAGCACAUUAAGUUCAAUUAUUUUAUUUGUAGCAAACAAGUAGUUAGUUUAUCGAAAUCAAAGUCAAAAUCAGAAGAAUAGAGUUUUCUUUGAUGACAUAAGAUCUAAUUGUAGAAAAAAUCAAAAAUUGUGGAUAAUUCUUUUUUUUACCUAUAUUACUGACUAGUAAUCAGGAAGCCUCUAGCAACAAGAUAAAAAAAAGAAUUUCAUUUUCCUUUCUUACGUCUGUAUAUAAUUCAAAUAUAGAAAAUAUAGAUUUUUGUAUCUUUCUAUAUCUCCCGAGAAUCCCCAUUUUUUACUAAGAAUCCCCGUUAGGUCGGAUUCUAACGAAUCUUUCGGUAAUUUGUAAGAAACUCUUUUUUUAUUAAAUUUAAAGACAAGAAGAAAAGAAGAAGACUAAUAAAAUCGAUUAUCAUACAUAUAUUUUAUGUAGAAAGUAGAAAGAUGAAUAAGUCCAUUUAGUUAGUUCUACAUUCCUUGCGCUUAUUAUAUAUACUCACUUAGAUAUAUACUAAUUAGAAUUAUAAUUAUUAUAAGAUAUCUUUAAUAGUAAAUCGAGGUACCCAUUCUAUGGCAACUUUUGACUUUUCCUCUAUUUUGGUACCUGUAGUAGGCAUAGUAUUUCCGGCAAUUGCAAUGGCUUCUUUAUCUCUUCAUGUUCAAAACAACAAGAUUGUUUAGACCCGAUGGGACUAAAUUGCAUCCAUUUUUUUUUUUCAAAA